GACGGACCGACAGCCUGCUGCACCAUAAACACGUGAGAAAAACGGACAGAAGAUGGACAUCACGGAGGUUCCCGUGAGCCGGGACAGCGCAGGUAAGAGCAAGAAGAACAAGAAACAGAAGAAGAAGAAGAGUGCGGAGGGCGCCGUAGAAGGAAAGGAGACGGAGGAGAAGAAGACGGAAAAGAAGAUGGAGAAGAUGGAGGCCUCCUUCCCUCCAACGUUCAGCGUGUCCGAGAUAAAGAACAAACAGCGGAGACACCUGAUGUUCAUGAAGCUGAAGCAGGAGAAAAGAAAGCAAAAGAUGCAGCUGAAGAAAAAGAAGAAAAAAGAACGAGAAGCUUUAGGUGACAAGGCGCCGCCAAAGAAGGUCCCCAAGACAAUAGAAAACCAGAGAGUGUACGACGAGACCACGGUGGAUCCAGAAGAUGAGGAAGUUGCAUUUGACGAGGGAACUGAUGAAUUUUCUGCCUACUUCAACGGUUUGACGAAUCCCAAAGUGCUCAUCACGACGUCAGACCGACCCAGAGGGAGGACGAUGAGGUUUUGUGAGCAGCUGGCCACAGUCAUCCCAAAUUCCCACGUUUACUACAGAAGAGGCCUGCCGCUGAAGAGGAUCAUUCCUCAGUGCGUCUCCAGGAACUUCACCUACCUCAUGGUCAUCAACGAGGACCGUCAAACACCCAAUGGUUUGGUUCUCUGCCACCUCCCUGAUGGACCGACCGCUCACUUCAAGGUCAGCAGUGUUCGACUACGCAAGGAGAUGAAGAGACGAGGUAAAGAUCCGACCGAACAUUCUCCCGAGGUGAUCCUCAACAACUUCAGCACCCGUCUGGGACACACCAUCGGCCGACUGUUCGCCGCCCUCUUCCCUCAGGACCCUCAGUUUGUGGGUCGACAGGUCGCCACCUUCCACAACCAGAGAGACUUCAUCUUCUUCAGGUUCCACAGGUACAUCUUCAAGAACGAGAAGAGAGUGGGCAUCCAGGAGCUCGGACCUCGCUUCACCCUCAAACUCCGCUCUCUACAGAAAGGCACCUUCGACUCGAAGUUCGGGGAGUACGAGUGGGUGCUGAAGCGCCAUGAGAUGGACGCCUGCAGACGGAAGUUCCAGCUUUAAACCCAACGUUUCCAGAUCAGGAUGAUCCAGGAAGCCGCAGAUGUUUGUGGACUUACACAGAAAGACUUUAUGCUGAGGACGACAGUUAAACGUGGAUCGAUGAGCUUGUUUUCAUAUUUUACCUGGUUUUUAUAAAGCUACAUGUACAGUUCUUGUCCAGAUCCAGACUUUGAUGGACAGAUCAGGGCUGAGAUGAAGGUUGGAGAUCUGGAGCCUCAGAGUCCUGAUUCCCUGAAAACUCUUCUAGAGGGCUGAAAUACCAAGCAAGUUUGAUAAAUUAACAGCAAUCAGACGGCGCUGGAGGAACAAGUUGUUGUAAAGGAGUUUUGAAGAAUAAAUAUAUAAAAGAUCAUUUGGAUAUGAAGCAGUGCUACUGUGAGAAAGGAAUUAGUGGCUUAUUUCUAACUCCCAGCUGCACAUUAGAGCUCUGAAACUGUUUUUAUUUGUUUAAAUGUUUGUUUAGGUCUCACACUGUCUCAUAAUUAAGCAGAUGUGAAAAUCACUUUAAUCCAAGUUAAAUUAAUUGAAUUUUCUCUGUGAUGAAAACCAACAAAUAAAUGUUUUAAUCAGCUGCAGUACCAGUAGACUAGGCAGCAAAUCAGAACCAAGCAUCAAAACAUUGUUCCUACAGCGAUGUGAUGUUUACACUUCUAUAGCUGCAUUCAGAGGGAUCACAAACAUAGACCUCAGCCAAGAAAACUUCAGCUAAGAAUCUUUUAUCAUCAAAUAUAUAUAAAUAUAUACAUAAAAAUAUAGAAUAUCAUCCAAAGAAUGAAAGGAAAUGCUUCUUACAGCUGAUUUAAACCUCAAACUCUGAACAGAAACUCCUCCAGAGCAGGUUAGCAUCAGUUACCAUGGUGAUCUAGCUGUGCAGCAUCAGUUACCAUGACGAUCUGGCUGUAAAGCAUCAGUUAUGACGAUUUAGCUGUAUAGCAUCAGUUACCAUGGUGAUCUAGCUUUAAAGCAUCAGUUACCAUGGUGAUCUAGCUUUAAAGCAUCAGUUACCGUGGUGAUCUAGCUGUGCAGCAUCAGUUACCAUGGCGAUCUAGCUGUAAAGCAUCAGUUACCAUGACGAUCUAGCUGUAAAGCAUCAGUUGCCAUGACGAUCUAGCUGUAAAGCAUCAGUUGCCAUGGUGAUUUAGCAGUAAAGCAUCAGUUAGCAUGAUGAUAUAGCUAUGCAGCAUAAGUUACCAUGGCGAUCUAGCUGUAAAUCCUCAGUUACCAUGGUGAUGACCGCCUUCAUAACAUUGAAAACUCAAGAUACUUUUUUAACUGGUUAAUCUCUUCCUAGUUCGGCUCUCAGGUCACAGUCGGAUGUAAACUCACCUGCUGCAUCCUCACCUGUACCAGCAGCAGCCAAUCGGAGGCAAGAAUGUCUGAAAUCGGGGGAAAUGUUUCAUGUUUUGUUCACACUGCAGCUGAAUUUUCAUGAUGUGUCACUGAUUUCCAAACAUGUAUAUUCUUAUUUUAAUACAACAGAAGCUCCAAGAGUAA